AUGUCCUCAACAUUGACAAUCACCGGAGUGCAGGGUCGGAAGGUUACUGUUCCGACCGGACUGUUUAUUCACAAUGAGUUUGUUCCAUCUGUCACUGGCCAGACAAUGGCUGUAGAGAAUCCAUCGACGGGCGAACAACUCGGAACCAUUUCAGCCGCCGGGCUGGAGGAUAUAAACAAGGCAGUCAAGUCGGCCAAAGCAGGGUUUGAAGCUUGGAAGGCAGUUUCUGGGGCUGCACGAGCUCGCAUUCUUCUGAAGCUCGCCGAUUUACUUGAGCGUGAUGCCCAGGAUCUGGCAUCUCUGGAAGCUGUCGAUUCCGGCACCCUCUUCACUGACUCAAUGGGACUGAAUAUCCCACAGGCGGUUGGAUGUCUCCGAUACUACGCCGGAUGGGCCGAUAAGAUUGAUGGAAAGACACUUGAGCUGGAUGGCGGUAUUGCAUACACUCACCGAGAGCCUCUAGGCGUCUGCGGUGCCAUCGUGCCUUGGAAUGCGCCUCUAAUGAUCACCAUCUGGAAACUUGCUCCUGCCCUUGUGACUGGUAACGCUUUGAUUAUCAAGACAUCCGAAAAUUCGCCCUUGUAUGGCCUGCGAUUAGCUGAGCUAGUCAAGGAGGCCGGAAUCCCCGCAGGCCUGGUGAAUAUCGUGGCCGGCGACGGUGCUAGUGCAGGUCAAUCCUUGUCCGAGCACAUGGAAGUUCGUAAAAUAGCUUUCACAGGAAGUGCUUUCGCCGGACGGAAGAUUCUCCAGGCGGCAUCCCGCACUAACUUGAAAAAGGUGAGCCUUGAGCUCGGAGGUAAGGGACCGUCGAUCGUAUUCGAUGAUUGCGAUCUUGAGAAUGCACUUCUUUGGACCCGUAUUGGUAUCACCGCCAACAAUGGCCAGAUAUGUGCGGCUGGAUCGCGUAUCUACGUUCAGGAUUCCAUCUAUGACCGGUUUAUCGAGGCUUAUAAGAAGGCUGCUGCCGAUGCUCCUACUGUUGCGGGUGACCCGUUGGACACAUCAACGACCAAGGGCCCAAUUGUGAACAAGGCUCAGCAUCAGAAGGUCCUGGAUUAUAUUCGUCAAGGCAAGGAGUGUGGUGCUCGUUUGCUGUUUGGUGGAGAGCGAAUUGGUGAGAAGGGAUACUUUGUGCAGAACACUGCUUUUGCAGAUGUUGCGGACGACGCGACGAUUAUGCGGGAAGAGAUUUUUGGCCCAGUUGCUAGCAUCGCCAAAUUCUCUAGUGAGGCGGAGGUCAUCUCCAAAGCCAAUGAUUCUGCUCAUGGACUGAGCGCUGCUAUCUUCACAAAUGAUGUCAACCGCGCGCAUCGUGUUACUAAAGCGUUGGAGUCUGGACAGGUGACUGUUAACGCGUGGGCGAUGUUGAGCCCUAAUGUUCCCUUUGGUGGAGUCAAGGAGAGUGGAUAUGGACGCGACAUGGGCGAGGAUGCCCUCGAGGGUUGGACCCAGGUCAAGGCUGUCAAAUUCCACAUUCUUCCCGCUCGACUGUGA